AUGAUUUUACUAUCUGGCGAUUUUCGCCAAACACUCCUAGUCAUUCCAAAAUCGACUGCUGCCGACGAAUUAAAUGCUUGCCUUAAAUCAUCAAAUCUUUGGCGCUAUGUGAAGAAACUUCAGCUGGUAACAAACAUGAGAGUUGCAUUGGUCAACGAUACAUCUGCUGAAGAGUUCUCCAAGCAAUUGCUGUUAAUCGGUAAUGGCCGUGUGACUGUUGAAGAAUCGAGCGGAUUAAUUGCAUUUCCUUCAAAUUUUUGCAAUUUCGUGUCAUCAAAAGACGAACUCAUCAAUAAAGUAUUUCCGAAAAUCAUUGAUAAUCAUAUAAACAAAAAAUGGUUGAGUGAGCAAGCAAUUUUGACAGCUGAGAACAAAGAUCUGAAUGACUUAAACUUUGUAAUUCAAAAUCAAAUCGUUGGUACUCUGCAUACAUUCAAAUCUAUUGACUGUGUAACAAACGAAGAAGAAGCUACCAACUAUCCAACUGAAUUUUUGAACUCCUUGGAUGUGCCUGGCUUACCACCGCACAAUUUACAAUUAAAGAUUGGUUCGGUAGUCAUUAUGCUUCGAAAUCUAAACCAACCAAAACUAUGCAAUGGAACGCGAUUAGUGAUAACAAAACUGAUGGCCAAUGUGAUUCACGCAAUGAUACUCAAAGGAAAAUUCAAAAGUGAUGAAGUUCUCAUUCCGAGGAUUCCAAUGAUCUCAAUCGAUAUGCCCUUUGAGUUUAAACGAAUUCAAUUUCCUAUUCGGCUUGCAUUCGCUAUGACUAUAAAUAAAUCACAAGGCCAAUCCUUUAGUGUUUGUGGUCUGAAUCUAGAAAAUGCAUGUUUUUCACAUGGUCAAUUUUGUCCAUAUAAGGAAAGUGAAUGCGAUGAGAUGCUUGACAAGGAAUAUAAAUUUUAUUUAUCAUUUGAGAAUUCAUUAUGCCGGGAUUAUGUGACGGAGAAAAUAUACAAUGCACUGAGACGACAGGUUAUACCAAUUGUCUAUGGAGGUGCAAACUACGAACUAUUUUUACCACCGCGUUCGUACAUAAAUGCAGAAGAAUUCGAAAGUGUCGAACAACUAGCAAUGUAUCUUAAAUAUUUAUCCACGCAUCCGAAAGAGUACUUGCGUUAUUUCUGGUGGCGAGAGCACUAUAAACUGGGUUACUUUUCACCUUUCUGCGAACUAUGCGCGCAGCUUCAUAGCGUUACAAAUCAGCAAAAGACGCAAACCUAUCGCAACAUCGAACAAUGGUGGUUAGGCGACAGUUGUCGAUUAACUCCGAGAAUCAAAAUUUAA